AUGAAAUUCCUCGCUUUUGCUAUUUUCUCUUGUAGUGAUUGCAAGACAUUUUACUUUGCAGGGCAAGAAACCAGUAAUACAUUGCUUGUUUGGACUGUUUUUCUCCUAGCAGUUCAUACAGAUUGGCAAGAGGAAGCAAGAAAGGAGAUCCUACAAUUAUUUGGAAAACAGAAUCCAAAUCCGGAUGGCAUUUCCAAACUUAAAAUCAUGAGUAUGAUCCUCGAUGAGUCUCUAAGGUUAUAUCCUCCUGCUGUUGCCAUUCCACGGAGCACUGGAAGGGAAGUUAGACUAGGAAAGCUCAUUGUCCUUGCUAAUGGUGAUCUGCUCGUCUCAGUUCUAGCACUGCACCAUGAUCCUCAAUUUUGGGGACCAGAUGUGCAUCUUUUCAAGCCUGAGAGAUUCUCAAGGGGCGUUGCUAAAGCUACUAUCAGUAAUGUAGGUGCUUUCGUGCCAUUUGGACUGGGACCUCGAACUUGUGUGGGCUUGAACUUCGCAAUCACUGAAGCUAAGAUUGCCUUGUCGAUGAUUCUACAAUGCUACUCCUUCACUCUUUCCCUGGCUUAUAUCCACUCCCCCUAUCAGAAUAUCACACUCCGGCCACAACAUGGACUUCAAGUAUUGCUACAACCAUUGUGAAUAUCGAAGCUCAGAUAAGAAACUUCUCUGUAAGAAUUCUUGCAAAAUAAUGAAAACAAAGAUGGAUUAGAAAAAUAAGAAGCACGAAACAGAAUCUAAUAGGAAUUUGAGACACAUGUU